ACAGCAAUAUCUCAGAUGGAGAACGAACUCAAGCAGCGGGCACAGGAAGUUCGAGAUAGGGACAAAGAGAUUCGGGAGUAUGAAGAAUACUUAGAUCGACGCCAUGCCGUCUGCAACGGCAAAGAGGAAGAUUUAAACGUUCUUCAAAACGAAUUGGAUACCCUGUCCAAGGAACUAGAGUCCAAAAAGACAAAGUUAAUUAACAAGCAUCAUCUUGUACAUCAAAGCUCCGAGGAAAGCAUUGUGGUGUCAACACCUCCCAUGAGAGUUAGGAGUACCAGUCGAGGGAGCGUCUCAAGUAAAGGAGUAGAUUUGAGGAUAGAUGAAUUAAAAUAUCAAAAUCGACAAUUGCUGGAGGAACUGUUUGGUCUGAAGAAAAGCUGUGAGAGUAAAGACGAUGAACUUAACGAAUUGAAAGAAAAGUUGGAAGCUUCCGAAAGUGAAAACAAACGCCUACAGCAGAGAACGAAGCACUUGGAAACACAGUUAGACCUGGCCAGAAAGUCAGCCGAGUUGGGUGCAGACAGUGUCUCAGUGGACGAGAUAAUGCGGAAGACCACUCAAGACAUGCGCAGUGCGCGGAACUCCCGGAUUAUCCGCCCCUCUCGGUCGGUAGCUCCGGCCCCGGGGUCGUCGACUUCAACAUCCGCGGGUGUAAGGCUCCGCCGGUUUUCUUCGAACGAUUCAGUCGGAACCAAAAACACCAGUAGCUCUGACUCAGGAAAGGGAACCAAAGAGUCAGCAGCGAAAAGCUACAAAGGGUCGUUGGGUAAGAAAGCUAAAGAAAACAGCGAUGAAAGGCACAAGAUGGGAACAGAGAGAAUCACCAGCGCUUUUUGUGCUGUCAUGUAAGCGCUGCUGUGGUAGUUACCAUAACCAAUUUAGAAUGUGGAAGCCAGUUAAAUUAUCAAUUCGAGAUAAAUUUAAAUCAUACCACAUUCUAAGUUUGAGUUACUUUGGAAUCAUUUUCGAGUUCGCAGUUAACAAUUGCACACACCCCGCACAUGUAACUUGACUUUUCUUCGUUACACUGAAGAGGUUAACUUUUUAUUCAGUGAUUUGAAUGCCCGUUUAAAAUCUACAAAUCAUACAUGCAUUACAUCAUCAAACCGUUUCACUCCCAAGAACUAAUUAGUAAUUCUACCAUCAUUUCCUUGUAAACUAGUCAGAAUUAAUUUUGCUGUUUCAUUAACACUCGUGAACAAGUUCGUUCAUUCUCGUCAUCUUACCAGACAAUCUAUUGAUGCUGAUAGAGUUAUAUUUUGAUAAUGGCACCAUACAGAUUCCUGUAGAUGUCUAUCCUUUUUUUACCUUAGUCUUGAAUGAUUUUGUCGUAUUCUCGACAGCGGACGUUAGUAGGCCAUCAAAAAGACAAGGUACCAACCUCUGAUAACUUUUUGCUACAGCUUCAUUGCUUCAGUGUGGAAUAACCCUGAUCGUUCAUAAAAUUAUUUGUAAAAUUGUGACCAGAUUUAAUUUGACGAUUUGGUAUCUACGGUAUCAUUUUUACCAAGAAAUUCUCCCAAAUCGACCACAAGAUUGUAUGUGAAAUCAUGACCAGGUCAACAAUGAUUUUGGAUCUAAUAUUGGCUGUUUUAAACAAAAAUCAUCCAAGAGUAUUUAUUACCAGGGUUUUGUACAUAUUUGCAGGACAAUUAUUACUUGACAAUAGCAUGUGACUCGGGAAUAGAAUCUUUCUUACGACGAUACUAUGAAAAAUCGUGAUAAAAUAUUUAAAAGUUUACCAGAACUAUUUUUGAAACAAGUAUAUUUUGUACUUCCAAUAGUGGCUGUAAAGAGACCGUCAUGAAUAUUUAUUGAGAAAAACCCCAUUUGUGGGUAUUUUAUUUUUUGUUAUGAAUAAAAACAGGCUUUGAAAAUAGUAA